GGAAGUGGCUCCGGGAAGGAACCGGUUCGCGGGCGCAGUGAUGGCUGCGGGCGUCCCCUGCGCCCUCGUUACCAGCUGCUCCUCUACCUUCUCCGCAGACCGGCUAGUGCAACAUAUUCUUGGAACAGAAGAUGUUGUUGUGGAAGUGACUGCCAACGAUGCUGUGAGGUUUUAUCCCUGGACCAUAGAUAAUAAAUACUACUCAGCAGAUAUCAGUCUGUGUGUGGUGCCAGACAAAUCUCUCGUCACCGCAGAGAUUGCGGAGUCUGUCCAAGCGUUUGUGGUUUACUUUGACAGCACACAAAAAUCUGGUCUUGAUAGUGUUUCCUCCUGGCUUCCUCUGGCAGAGUCAUGGUUACCUGAGGUGAUGAUCUUGGUUUGCGAUAGAGUAUCUGAGAACGGUGUAAACCGACAGAAAGCUCAAGAGUGGUGUAUCAAACAUGGCUUUGAAUUGGUAGAACUUAGUCCGGAAGAGUUGCCUGAGGAAGAUGAUGACUUCCCAGAAUCUACAGGAGUAAAGCGAAUUGUUCAAGCCUUGAAUGCCAACGUCUGGUCCAAUGUAGUGAUGAAGAAUGAGAGGAACCAAGGCCUUAACCUUCUCAGCUCAUUGACCGGAGCAAACCAUAGCAUUGGAUCAGCAGAGACCUGCCACUCAGAGCCCUGUGAGCCGGCAGCAGCGAGGACCGAGUCCCUCUCGGACCAUCGAGGGGCCGCUUCUGACACGGCAGACGUGCAGGUCGAUAGCGUUGUGGAUCCCAUGUUAGACCUGGACAUUCAAGAACUUGCCAGUCUUACUACAGGCGGAGGAGAUUUGGAGAACUUUGAAAGACUGUUUUCAAAGUUAAAAGAAAUGAAAGACAAGGCUGCGACGCUUCCUCACGAGCAAAGAAAGAUGCAUGCAGAAAAGGUGGCCAAAGCCUUCUGGAUGGCAAUUGGGGGAGACAGAGAUGAAAUUGAAGGCCUUUCUUCUGAUGAAGAGCACUAAAUCAUUCAUGCUAGGGCUGGCCUAACUAAGACCCUAGUGCCCUCUCCCUGAGAUUCUUCUCUCUUCCACCCAGUCAUCUUUUGCUGAGCUAACCAGCAUUGUGUUGGCUGCCUGACUUGUUUAUAGGGUCCCAUUAAUUUUAGUUUUUAGUAGAGGGUAAAGCAGAAGUCUCUUCUCCCUCAGUAUAUUGUAAGGGAGUGAGAAAUUUUCAAAUAACAUUUUUUUUUGUUCUAGGAACGGGAGUGGGGUAAGCCUCAAAGGCCUGUGUGAUUUGCGCUAGUUAAAGAAGAAAAACCACCACCCAGCUUUCCUGGUCAGUCUUUUGAGGAGCAUUCCCUGUGUUCAUGUUGAUCCCUGCAGAUCAGGAGUUUUCUGGUUUUCUCUUUGAAGGAGCUUGCUGCUGGAGGUUUGAUGCUUUUGGUGGGAGGAAAGGAAGAAACUGCAGGUUUAAUCUGUGAUGUAGUACAGAUUAUGGGUCAGCCACUGGCCCUCGGGUUAGUCUCUAGCUUAAAAAAAAGGCAUCUGGGCAUUUCAUUUGAAAUACAGUAAUCUGACUUCUUGGUAGAAAGUAUUGAGAAACCAGUGUGAAUUUUUAGACUAUAAUAAAUGAUGCAAAGGUUUUCUACUCUGGUGGGGAUAAAAAUAAACCCUUCCCUACCAAGUUGUGGGCAGGGGUGGGGGUAGGACAUGGGUAAGAGAAACUUAAGGAAUUCCCUGUAUAGGCCAUUGAAUCAGUAUGAUCCUAGCCUGAGACUUUUGCAUUAGUAUUACCAUGUAGAAACUUUUCUUUCUUAGAGUUUGCUACUUGAGAUGGCAGAGAUGUGUUGUCACAGUUGAUACCCUCAGAACAAGGGGAGUUUCCUCUUCUUUCUCUGAAUGCCAGAGAUCACUGCCCGAAAGUAACACUUAAGUGGGACUUGGUGGGAAGGCAUGCAGAACGCUAGGCAAUGAAUCCCUCAGUACCUGUGUUACUUCCAGGGCUGAGGAGUUGGGCUGCAGGGACACGGAUCUCCACGGGGGAAAGUUCCCAGAAGAGUGGGAAAUGCAGAAAUGAAACCCUUAUUUCUGUCUGUUUAGGGACUGCGUAAUGCACGUCAUGAGCCUUCAGCCUGCCGUGGCUCCCAGCUGUCUCGGCACAUGGGCUGAGACCUGCUACUGGCCUGGUGUGGGUGUGAACCCCAUAGGUCACCAGCAGAAACAAAUUUCAGACCUGUCUGUGCAACACCUUUUCAGCACUGCGGAACCUGCUACAGAAGGCAGAAGGAACGGAAUGCUCCAGGGUCCUGGCCGGAGCGGCCACAGGAUGGAAGGUUUCAGUGAGUGGGGUGUUCAGAGAGAGCCAUUCGAGGGAACAUUGGCGGCCGUCUUCCUUGAUAACUUUUUUCUUUUUCUUUAACUGUUCUGAGGGUCUUUGAGACUGUAGUUUACCACUAUUCCAGCACCGUUUCUUUGAGGUGACCGCGUUGGCCAUUGAGGGGGAGUGUAAGGAAAGUCAGCUCUGGGGCUGCAAAGUGAAAGGUGGAGCAAGUUUUUCUUAAAAUCUGAAAGGUUUCAGAGAACACACUAGGUCACAUGGUUUGGGAAAACAGACUAUAAAAAGCUGUGAACUUGAUCUUGUGGAUUAAACAAAGCCAGGUGAUUAAAAUGUGAUUUAUUUGUAAACCCUG